GCCAAGAGUGACAAUCCUGUCCUCUGGAAUAUUCUCGCUUCUUUUCCACGCAUUGCUGUGCUCAGAUGUGUAAAAUGCGGCGUCGGUGCAGCUGCGCGCUCGUCUCCCCGCGUUCAGGCAAUUUAUUUAUGAGAGGAACUGAAUAAGUGGCACGUGCGGGCGAGGAAGACACGCCGAGAGCGAAAGCGCCACCAGCCACCGAACGCGAAAGUAUUGCGCGAAAUUCUGCGCUGAUCGCGCGGGGCGUCGCACCGGAGAACUUCUGCGCGACGUCAUAAUGCGGUGCGCUGCCGCCACGGUCGUCGAGUCAGACGCCGUCCUCGCGAGCGGAGGGAGCGCGCGAACGCGUGACUGCGCUCCGCUGGUGGCGAUGGUCGGCGCGCGGUCAUGAGCAGAAGCUGGGAGUGAGAGCACAGCCUCCGAGAGCAUGAGCGUGGGGCAUGCGUGAGCUCGGCCUGAUCGUGUCCCGCAAGGCUGCGAUGGCCCCCUGGAGUGUCUUCUGCCUGUGCUCCUUCACACUGCACCAGCUCAUGUCCGCUCUCAGCACAGAUGCUCUGCCAGGUGAGACUUCCUCUCCUGAAGACCAUCUCCUGGUACCCGGAGACACCCUUGACCUGACCUGCCCCGUUCAGACUGGAACCCAGUCCCUCAUCUGGUUGAAGGAUGGAGUGGUUGUUUCAUCAGACAACCGGACAUUGCUAGCGCAGAACAUGCUACGGGUCAUCAAUGUGUCACACGCGGACUCGGGAGUGUAUGCCUGCAGGUCACAGCGUGGCAGUAUGCUACUCAGCAAGUACAGUGUAAGAGUCACAGAUUUAUUGUCCUCCGGUGAUGAUGAAGACUUCGACGUGGACUCGGAGGAUGGAGAAGCUCCCCACUGGACCCGACCGGACCGCAUGGAGAAGAAGCUGCUGGCAGUGCCGGCAGCCAACACGGUCAAGUUCCGAUGCGCGGCAGCCGGGAGACCGACGCCUUCCAUACACUGGCUGAAGAACGGCAAGGAUUUCAAAGGAGAGCAGCGGAUGGGCGGCAUCAAGCUCAGGCACCAGCAGUGGAGUCUGGUGAUGGAGAGCGCGGUGCCGUCUGACCGCGGAAACUACACCUGUGUCGUGCAGAACAAGUACGGCACCAUCAGUCACACCUACCAGUUGGACGUGCUGGAGCGAUCUCCCCACAGACCCAUCCUCCAGGCAGGGUUGCCAGCCAAUCAAACAGUGUUGGUGGGCAGCGACGUGGAGUUCCACUGCAAGGUCUACAGUGACGCCCAGCCCCACAUCCAGUGGCUGAAACACAUCGAGGUGAACGGCAGUCGCUAUGACCCUGGCGGCGUCCCCUACGUCCGCAUCCUGAAGACGGCAGGUAUAAACACCACGGACAAGGAGUUAGAGAUUCUGUUCUUGACCAAUGUGUCCUUUGAGGAUGCAGGGGAGUACACUUGUCUAGCGGGGAACUCUAUUGGCUACACUUUCCACUCUGCAUGGUUGACUGUGCUCCCAGUUGAUGAAGAUCAUAACGAUGAUGACUAUGCUGAUAUCCUCAUCUACGUGACUGGCUGUGUGCUCUUCAUACUCACUGUUGUCAUCGUCAUCUUGUGUCGCAUGAGGAUGUCUGCGCAGAAGACUUUGCCGAGCCCCCCAGUGCAGAAACUCUCAAAAUUCCCACUCAAAAGACAGCAGGUGUCCUUGGAGUCCAACUCAUCCAUGAACUCCAACACACCUUUGGUUAGAAUUGCCCGUCUGUCGUCCAGCGAUGGACCAGUACUGGCCAACGUGUCGGAACUGGACAUACCUGCAGACCCAAAGUGGGAGUUUCCUCGGAAUAGGCUGACACUGGGCAAGCCACUGGGUGAGGGCUGCUUUGGACAGGUGGUAAUGGCCGAAGCCAUUGGUAUAGACAAAGAGGAUCGCAACAAGUCCCUCACAGUUGCUGUCAAGAUGUUGAAAGAUGAUGCCACUGACAAAGACCUCUCGGAUCUGGUGUCAGAGAUGGAGAUGAUGAAGAUGAUUGGCAAGCACAAGAACAUCAUCAAUCUGCUUGGAGCUUGUACACAAGGAGGCCCUCUGUACGUGCUGGUGGAGUUUGCUUCGAAGGGGAACCUGAGGGAGUACCUGCGGGCACGGAGGCCCCCUGGCAUGGACUACACAUUUGACACAUGCAAGACCCCCCAAGAACAGCUGUCCUUCAAGGACCUCGUAUCCUAUGCGUACCAGGUGGCCAGAGGGAUGGAAUACCUGGCUUCCAAGAAGUGUAUCCACAGGGACCUCGCUGCUAGGAACGUCCUUGUUACAGAGGACAAUGUCAUGAAAAUAGCCGACUUUGGCCUGGCUCGAGAUGUACAUAACAUUGACUACUACAAAAAAACAACAAACGGUCGGCUGCCCGUGAAGUGGAUGGCUCCGGAGGCAUUGUUUGACCGGGUCUACACACACCAAAGCGAUGUGUGGUCAUAUGGGGUGUUGCUAUGGGAGAUCUUCACCCUGGGAGGAUCUCCUUAUCCCGGAAUCCCUGUUGAGGAGCUCUUCAAGUUGCUUAAGGAGGGCCAUCGCAUGGAAAAGCCAGCAAAUUGCACCCAUGAGCUGUACAUGAUUAUGAGGGAGUGCUGGCAUGCCGUCCCCCUGCAGAGGCCAACCUUCAGGCAGCUUGUGGAGGAUCACGACCGAGUGCUGUCGAUGACUUCUUCCAAUGACUACCUGGACCUGCUGGUGCCUUUCGAGCAGUACUCUCCUACCUGCCAGGAUUCGAGCAGUUCUGGCUCACUGGGGGACGACUCUGUCUUUGCCCAUGACUCUGUGACGGAGGAGCCUUGCCUACUUGAACAUUACCAGAACGGUGGCAUCCUCAGGACAUAAAUAUCUGCUUCCUCUCCAUCAGCUUAAGGGAAACGUUUAAUGAGCGCGUAAUUUUUAAAUUUAAUUUUUUUUUUUUUUUUUUUUUAAAUUGUCCAGCACCAGCCUGAAGAAUAGGGUCUUCAGGAGCGUUUCCGUCAGAACGAAAAUUCCUCGCAGCCGUUUGUUUCUUGCUAUGUACAUCGACGCCACUUUGUGCCUUCCCGGUACGGGAAAACACCAGCAAGGUGUGGGGAAUGCGGCGCUCUCUCAUAUUUGGUACUUACAUGCAAGAAGAAGAAAGAUCUUUAUAUGCAAACACAGGAGCCCUGGAGAAGUAGAAGCAGCAGGACCUCAGGCAUUGCAUCCCUCCAUAGCAAGGUCAAACUGCAGCACCACAUGGUGGCCAGUCUUUGAAUUUACUGACUGUAACUUUUUCAUUUUUCAGAACGGACCUGAAGGACAGUAUUUUUAUGUCCAGAAUAAAACGUCUCUGUUUGACACGGACACUCUUCGCUGAAUAAAAAGACAGCAUCUGCUCUCACGUAUUUCAUGGGGGGAACGAGAAAAUACAUCCUACACACCUGUACUGCAUACACACACACACACAUUUACUCCAUGUUAUGCUAUCUUCACAAAAGGGAUCACUGUUUUUUAUUUAACGUUUUGUAAAAAUAUAGACGUGCAUCAUAUUUCUAAAAGUAGGGGUAUACUUUUAAAGAAAUAUUUUAAGAUGGUGUCUUUAAAUUCGGAGCAUUGCAAUCGAGGAUAUACUGCUGUGAACUUACACAUUAAAACUUAGUUCUAUCU